AUGAUUUUAAAUUUAGUACCACAACCCGUAAAAUGGUUAUUGGAAUCUUUAAUACGUUUAUUUAUCUCAGAUAUUCGACCAAAUUCAACUGUUACAAACGUUAAUAGUAACGAUGUAAACUUACAAAUUUCUAAUCCAGUUAACACCAUCAAUACGACGCCUCCCUCUCCAGCAUCUUCCAUUCGUCGACGAAUUUUUCAAUUGAUAAUAUCAUUUAUUGGUCUACAAACAAGUUAUCUACUCUGGGGUCUACUACAAGAGCGUAUAAUGACUCGUACAUACGAUGGUAGAAAUUUUAAUAAUUCACAAUUUCUGGUAUUUAUGAAUCGUUUAUUGUCCAUGUUUGUAUCAUAUGCGUGUUUCAAAAUAUUUUGCCAACAAAAAUCGUUGAUAGAGAAUACCAAUAUUCCAUUAGGUACACCUGUUUCCUCUCCUAGAAUAUACGAUUAUUGCAUGAUAUCAUAUGCAAAUUGCAUGUCUACAUGGUUUCAAUAUGAAUCAUUAUUGUAUAUUAGUUUUCCCGUUCAAGUGGUAGCUAAAAGUAUAAAAACCAUUCCAGUUAUGUUAAUUGGUCGUUUUGUAUCAAAUAAAACAUAUCCAUUAAGACAAUAUUUAUUCAUGUUUUUAAUGGGUUGUGGUCUUGCAUUAUUUUUCUUCGGUUAUAAUGAAAAUAGUUCAAUUGAAGAAAAAAUUAACAAAAAUUCCACAUCAGAACAUAAUCGUAUAACGACGAUAAGCGGUCUUAUCUUACUGUCAUUAUAUCUUGGAUUUGAUGGUUAUACAUCAAAUUAUCAGAAAUAUGUAUUUGAUAAGUUUCAAAUAACAUUUCUUCACAUGAUGUUUUAUGUUAAUUUAAUAUCCACAGUAUUAACACUGACAUCAUUAAUAUUAAACGGUACUUUUUUUCAAUGUUUCUAUUUCAUGAGAACACAUCAACUAUUUUUCUAUCAUGUUUCUGGUAUGUCAUUAUGUUCAGCAAUUGGGCAAUUAUUCAUAUUUUCAACAAUUGAAGAAUUUGGUCCAGUUAUAUUCACCAUAAUAAUGACAAUGAGACAAGCAUUUAGUAUUGUCUUAUCGUGCUUAUUUUAUGGACAUACACUGACACUUUUAGCUAUAUUCGGUUUACAUAUUGCAUUUGCAGCACUGUUUUUACAUGCUUAUUUCGAAUUUAAAAAAUUUUGUCAAUUACAACGAUCAAACAUUCAAGUAACAUGA